AUGCUAGCAGAGGCCUUCCUAAUUGAACUUCCAUACAAAGAACAAAAAUAUACAAAAUUCUACAAACCAUUUACAUGUAAGAAGACCUCAAAUGAUAAUAAGGAAACAUGGAAAAAGCAGCUUUUAGAUAUAGAAGACAAUGCACUUUCCCCUGCUAAGAUGGAAAAUCAAGAAAAGGUUAUGAAAGAAAGUCUAAUAGAGCAACGAAAUAAUACAUGCCAAAUAAAAUCUGUGGAUGAGAAAACUGUGGAGAAAUGCAAAGAUAUACCUCUUCCCGGAAAUGUGUCAGUUGCAUUGGCCAUUCCAAAGAAAAAAGGACAUGAUGAAACACAAUUGGAUCUGUAUGGAUCCUGGUCCUAUACAGGUAUUUGCCAGAAUUAUCCUGACCUACAAAUUGGAGGUGACCACGUGGGGAACAUGUAUGAUUCAGGCUGCUUUGUAGAACACACACAUGAUGAUGCUUUUAAUGGUCCUCUUUUACAUUCUGUGGAUAUAUCAUUGGGCGAUUCUCCCAUCAUUGAGCCUCUAGAGAAUCUACCUGCCUCAAAGCUGUUGGAUGGAGAUGAUAUUCGAGAAAAAAGUAUGAUGUCUCAUAAGCAACCUCUCUCUAAUUCUAUGCUUAAUAAUUAUAUGGAAAAAAAGGUGGCCGAACUCUACAAACAGUUGUUGGAUGAAACUCUUACCCGGUGCUACUCCAUAACCAAUCUUAUGGAUUCCAAUUUGUUAAUGAAUAAUGUUAAUCAGAUUAGCCUUCAAAUCUCUCAAGAGCAGAACAUAGACCCAUUGAAAGUUCGUGUAACUCUUCUACAUUCUCUAGCGCUAUGUAAUCUAUGUAACAUUUCCCAUAAAAACAGUUCUGAAUUCAGCACUCCUAAUUUACAAAUAUCAAACCAGACAAGUAGGGAACUUGUAUCACAUCUAUAG